GUUUUCAAUAUUUUUCGGCUUACCGAGUUAUACCGACGGCUAAUCAAUCACGGGGUUUCCUCAGUCGUUUGAUAAACAAUGUCAGAUCAAGACACAAAGAAAAUUUACAUACAAGUUUAAUCAAGCGAAGUGCAAACAAAUUUAGGAGUGGAUUAUUUCGACUGAAAAACCUGGCCUGCACUGGAUCCCCCGUGUUCUGGAAAUCAGGCCUGAUUGACCUGAAUUUCACCGCUUUAUUAAGCUGCAUCUAUGAUUUGUGGCUUUUUUUCGUCCAGGGAGCCCAGGAAGCGGGACGGAAUGUGGUCUUGGCUUGUCUGUGCCUGUGCCACCAUGACCUGGGUCGCGUCUUUAGGUUUCCUUUUCAGCUUUGGAAUUUUCCUUCCUGUGUUCAUGAACUAUUUUAACGAAUCCAGGGAAGCCACAGCGUGGCUUGGUUCUGUAGGUAUCGCUUUGGCUUUCUUCACUGGGCACCUGUCCUCUGCUCUGGUCACCCGAUUUGGCUGCCGUGUCACCACUCUGAUCGGAGGCGCAUUCUGCGUCGUCAGCUUGAUCACCAGCUCUUUCGUGGAGAACAUGAUGGUUCUCUUCUUUACCUACAGCCUUCUGUUUGGUUUGGGAUCCAGUUGCACAUUCUCUGCGGGACUGGUGGUGAUAGGAAAAUACUUUAAAAAGAGACAGUCAUUAGCCACAGGGGUAUUAACAGCUGGGCACGGUGGAGGAGUGCUUGUUAUGGGCCCCACCUUAGAGGCCCUGGUGAGAAUUACCGGUAGCUGGCAAACGACUUAUCGCAUAAUGGCGGGGGUAGCGUUCGUCUUGUGUUGUCUUGCUGUGACAUUUGAUCCCAACGUUGAGAGUGAUGACGAUGGUACCGACAAUCAAGGCAAAGAGGAAGCUAUCGGAGACGAUAACACGAUUAAGAAGGUGUCUCCAAAGAAACAGCUGGUUGAUAUCUCCGUGUGGAAAGAACUUCCAGUCGUUGCUAUAAUAGUAGCCGCAUGCGUGGUAGAGAUCGGCCAUUUUGUGCCGCAGAUUCAUUUAAUUCGCUACGGAGAAGAUCUGGGAAUCUCGGCCGAGAAAGGUUCAAAACUGUUUAUCUACUACGGACUUUGCUCCGCCAUUGGUCGACUCCUGGCUGGCAUCCUGUGCAACAACGAAAAGAUCAACCCAUUCUACGCGUUCCAGGCUGCAGAAUUUGUAGCUGGUUUGAGCACAAUCCUCGUUACCCUUACUACAACCUACACAUCUUUGGUUAUCUACAUUAUAGUGUAUGGUCUCAGUGAUGGAUUCUUCUUCACGAGUUUGAGUUUUAUUCUUCUCACAGUCAGUCCGUUGAAGACGCCCGCAGUGCUCGGCUGGGAAAUGAUGCUGACGUCAGCUUUCUUGGCCAGUGGUCCUCCAUUAGCGGGUCUAUUAGCGGACAAAUUGGGCUCAUAUGUCCUUCCUUUCCAAGUUGCUGGAGGUAUCACGCUGGCGGGAUCAUUCAUUCCCUUUAUGUUGUUGUGUGACAAAAGGAGAGGAAAAGCUGUGUCCAUACCAGAACAAGAAGAGGGUAGCAAGAACCUUCAAGGAGAGGCGUGAUAUUUCAUACGUCAUAGCUACUGUCUAUUUGGAUGGUCUGAUUGUUUUACAUCACUAUGAUCAUUCGUCGUUUUACAUGACUGCUGAAUUGAAGACGUUAAAUGCCAACAGAAAUCAGUCCAAGCCAUGCAAUAGUUAGAGAGUAAUGCUGAAGUGAGUAAAUAGGAAUUAAAAAAAAUGCCAGCUGGGUG